UUACAGAGCUCUAUAGCGCGCCUCUAUUUCUACACGAUCAGCAAAUACUCUCUGUAUAGGUAUGCGGUAUCAAGUGUUAGGGUUAUUUUUAUACUUCUGUCAGUUCUGCAGGUUUUCGCGAGGCAAGAAAUAUGUAUGACAGAGCAGAACCGAUACUGAAUAAUCUGAACCCGAAAGUCCUGCGCAUGGACGCGUUGUGGAUAGGAGUUUGAUCGCACGGGCAUCUCAGAGGCAUACUGCGUUUUCAGCGUCUAAAACGAUGGCCGGAUUGUUGUCCUGAUAGAAAUAGUGUCCUUCUGGAUGUGGCCUUCAAAUGUGUUUAUGAAAAGACACUCUGAGCCAAUGAAGAAUUUUCCACAAGAAAAGAACAAAAAAGGCGCCCUGACUUUGUCCAGUCGGAUUGGUUUUGAAUGCUAAGUGCGUUGUGAUUUUUGGCUCUCCUUCACGUGUGCAGUCCAUUGAUUGUAUUUCACCUCUCCUUUCUUCCAUUCACCCUGCUGCAAGGUCUGUCUCUCUGUUGUUCGGGAGGACACGGCAGGUCGGACAUGUCUGCCAAAGCCCCCAUAUACCUAAAGCGACGAAGCCGCAAAGGAAAGAAGGAAAAGUUGCGAGACCUUCUUUCGUCAGACAUGAUCAGCCCUCCGCUGGGAGACUUCAGACACACCAUCCACAUCGGCAGUGGCGGGGGCGCAGAUGAUCUUUUCGGUGACCUGUCGUUCCUACAAGGUAAAUUCCACCUGCUACCGGGCCAAGAAGGUCACCAGGGCUCAUGUCAACUAAGUCGCACAGCGAGCGUAAGCAGUCACCCGCCGGCCAGCGAGAGCUCACCUCUUUUGAAAAAUGCCUUGUCGCUUCCUAUCAUUGGGGGGGUGCAGGCGCUCACCCUUCCGGCCCCGACGGCCACAGCGACGGUGACCACUGCCGUCCCAACACCACUGUCAGCGACCCAAUCACCCCCAACAUCUCCGUCUCUCGCUCCGCCUCCCAAACCUCCCAGACUGCACCUGGAGGAGAGGAGCGUGUCACGGCACGCGUCACUGCCUGUGUCUCCGAAGCGCUCUCCACUUCAUUUGCACACAUGCAAACAAAGUCCUGAGGAGAAUGAGAAGUGUGUGAAGGAUGGAGAUGAGGAGGAAAAGCCGUAUCUGUCCAAUGCCGGCUCAAUGCUUUCCCUCCAUCUGGACUUGGGGCCAUCAAUCCUAGAGGAUGUGCUUCAAAUCAUGGACAACCAGAGAACAGGGACAUUCGGUGGGGGACUUACACCAAGUGGACGGCAAGAGAUAUAUACCUGAAAGUGAGCUAAUCACAACAUUUUUCUUCUGCCCUCUGAGAGAACUUAUUUACCUGCUGUACAGUUGCAUUUUCUUGGAAAUGUAGAAUUUUAUGCUCAUCGUACAUAUAAUCUUUGGAAAAGAUCUUUGGAAGCUCUAGGAAUGGGGCCAGUUCAAACUGAAUCUGUUCUGUCGUCUGAUUUUUUUCCGGGUUCAAAUGAAAUUCAUUUCUCUUCACUUUGGACUACAAGCAAUACACCAAUUCCGGCUACUCUUAGAUACAUUUUGAAGCAUCUGAAAGCAUUUAAGCAAGCACAUGUAAAACUACCUGCGUUGUGUAUGUACUACUACGGAGCAACACUACGGGAACAGAAAAACUGACAUUUUUCUCUUUCAAAGCAGCAAUGACAUCAUCUCCCCCUCUGUGUUGUUGCAAUUUGUGUAAUCGGGUAAAAAUGCGCAGCUCCUCCCUAAUGAUCUGGACACACACUCAUGCCAGGAGGCCUCUGCAUCUACACCCUGGGAUUGUAACUUUCUCUUUUUGUUGGGAGUAGUUUUCAUUGUUCCGAAACAGAAACCCAAAGGCACCGAAUAUGGAAUGUUUUCCUUUUAUAAAAUACCCUUUUUUUAAACUGUUUUUGGUUUUGUUGAGGUGUCUGCAAUCCCUCAGGCUUUGACAGAUGAUCACUUUCUUUUGGCAGCAGUGUUUUUUUCUUUCUCUGACUUGAGUGGUGGGGCCUUAAGGGUUUGUGUUAUCUUGGUAACCCUCGUGUAACUCAGCCCACGUGGGUUAAUAAUGCUCUGUGCUUCCUGUUCAGAGAUAAAGACCUAUUACUGUUAGUAUUGUUUUGUCAGAUUAUAAACUCAGAUAAACAACUUGUAACCUUUUUUAUUAACUUACCAUAAAAUGCAUCAAACCAUCAACAAGGAGAGCUUAAAAGAAAUAGCAGUAAUAGUCGUAUUGCAAUCAACUUUAUAUGAUGCUAACUUUGCACUGUAACAGCAAUAACAAAAUCUACUGCAUUGAUUUACAGUCAAUCAUCAGUUCUCAUAUUUAAAAAAAUAUGUUUUGUUCUUAAUAGUGAAUUGUCUAACAGUUUCAUCCUUACAUUGUGAAAUUAAUUCUAAAGCUGAAUCUAUAUCCAAAACCACAGUUCUGUUCACGUAAUUUCAUUUUUGAUAUACAUAUGAUCUAAAGGAUUAAAUGCACAGACAGAUUAAAUUAUAUGGUAUAUAUUUCCAUUUGCUAAGUACUUGUUUUUGUGAGAAUAAGAACUCAUUUCUUUAAGCUAAAUGUUACUGAACUGAAAUAAUACUGAACAGGGACCUAAAUCAUAAACAUAAAUAGAGUUUAGCACUAAUCAUAACAUAGAGUUUAUUUUACAUUUUCUUAGACUUAAUUAACCUAAAUGUUCUCAUAACCACUUUACUGCUAAAAUUAUUUGAAAGAGACAAUAAGCAAUGUUAAAUAUGAAAAUCUUGAUUUAAAAAAACAUGUAUAGCUCGCGUAAGUCAUUGUAUUACAUUAAGGGUGAUCAGGGUUAAUGAGGAUCUUAUGAUUUUGCAUCACUGAAGCACAAUUACGACAAAACAAACAAAAUAAUAAGAGUAAAUAAAAGUACAAUACCAUUUUACAGUAAACAACUGGGUAAAUAUAUAUGGGUACGUGUAAGUAUGAACAGGCAAAUGCAUUGCUAAAACAUGUUAAUAAGCAUCUCCAAAAUACUUUUCUGCUCCACCACGGCAAUACUGUGAUCAUUUAUCUUGUGUAAUAUUAAUGCUAGUUUGAGUUUGUGAAAAAUACAGACUUGGAUUAUUACUGUAUUUUAGAUUAAACUGAAAAUAUGAUGGCAUGACUUGUUUCUCAGACAUCAGAUUCCUGACAAAGACUUUUUAUCAUAAAAAUGCAUCAUGUUUUUAGACUGAAGGGGAAACAGCUGCAUCUCUGUGAGGAAUAUUAUAGCAUUGCUGCCUUGUCAAUGAAAGUGAAUCAUUGAUGCCUUUGACUCCACUUUAACGAUGUGUCAUGUGCCUCUGCAGCACUGAAAAAGGAGAUAUUUUUGCCAAUGUGUUGGUUUUUAAUGGCCUUUAUUUUUGUCGGAUUCUGUGCUAGACGUUAAGUGGAUAUUUACUGCUGCUGCUGCUGUACACGCUACAAUAGACUUGCAGAAAGAAACAUAAUAGUGAAUAAAUGCUGAUUUCUAAUCCAAA